CAUGAUUGAAGCCUCUUAAUGUGAUACAGACCCGACAAUACGUGGAGGACCAGGGCCGUAUACUGUAUUGCAUGUGUGCACGGUGGAAAACCAUACACUUGCACCCGCAUUAUUGACUGAUACCAGCAGUGAAAGGUUUGAUGUGUGCAUUUGGGAUGUUGGAAUUGCCCAUUUCCCGUAACAACCACAAGUGUUUAUGAUGGUGAACAAAUAAACAUUUGGUUUUCUCCUGCCAUUUCCUACAGAAGACAUUUGCUUUUCCUGACUGUCGUUGGGUUUCCAUACACUAUAGCUGGGGUGUCCGAAGAGGAUGACGUCACCGACUCAGCGCCGCCUCUUUGUCAAAAAGAAAAAGCAUUUUCCUUGUAAGCUUUGACAAUGUCCUGCGACCAGUCCAGGGUGUACCCCGCCUCUUGCCCGAAGUCAGCUGGGAUAGUCUCCAGCAUACAUCAGUGAGGAUAAGCGGCAAUGGCUUUGACAAUGUCAUCAUAAAAGCAGCUGAGAGGAUGUCAAAGGUCUGAGAUAUUUAAAAAACAAACAAAAAAAAAAACAAUGGCCUAGUAAUCUUCCCUGCGAUUAACUGGUGACCAGUCCAGGGUGUACCCCGCCUCUUGCCCGAAGUCAGCUGGGAUAGGUUCCAGCAUACCUCCUGGAUCCUAAUGAGGAUUAAGCAGCACAGAAAGUGAAUGAAUGAAUAAUUUGUAUUGAAUUGUAGGGGGAAAAGCCCCUCCUGCACAUCGUAUAGUAGCCCCCCCAUUAAGUGUUAGCAGUUCAAGUGAAGAAAUAAUCAAAUCUUAUUCUUCCGGCAAAAGUCAGUUAAUUUAGUUAAUUUCAGAAAACUGUGCACAGUCCCCACAAUAAAUUCCUUCGUAGUUAUUUAUUCAUCAUCAUUUCACUUGUGCUAAUGGCAGAAGAUGAUAUUUGUGAGCAUUAGUGCACAGACUUCUAACUCCUUCACACUAUCUCAGAGCUCAUUGUGUUUGAAUGCGCUCUCACCGCUUCCCAUUACACUGCAGUACAGGAAACAUUGUCUCAUUUAUUAGGAGGGAAAAUAAGAAAGUCAGGUAUUGGAAUCUUGGUGUAACGCACACCCCCACCCCCUUGCCCCCUCCUCCUUUUUCUCUCGCAGAAACACAAAAGAGUCCACAUUGACUAAAGUGGAAAAGUUAGCUUGAGGAAUGAGCACUGGAUGAAACGUUUGACUUUGUGCUGCAGCUUUGCAAGUGUGUGCUCCAGAGCGAUUCCGGCUUCAUAAGAGAAUCAUUCUUUGCCUUCAGUCUGAUCCGCCGUCCCUCAGCCUUCAAAUAUUUCACACAUGAACACAAACACUGCCACAGGAAGAAGGCAUUGUACUGGAGAUUAUGCCAUGCGCGUGUACGCCGUAAAGUAUACAGUAGAAGUAAAUAUGUCACUCCCUUAUGGUCUGAAUAAUCAUUUUAACACUGCACUACCAACAUUCUCAGGUGACCUACUUUUUCUCAGCAAGUCUCACUGGCUGCUCAGUACGAUACGGUUUUACACCACAGGAGUCUUUGUAGAAAUAUAGUAAUUAGAGAUACGCAAUAUUUGUGUUUUCAAGCCAAUACUGACAACGUUCUACUUCUCCACACCAACUUUUUUAUGUCUAUUUUUUUUUAAUUUAGAUUUAAGUGUAGUUUGUGCACACCUGGAAGUAAGAAGGACUCAAACAAAUCAGGAUUUGACCAACUGUACCUGUUCAUUUGGCUCACUAUAUCGCGUUUUUUCAAAAAUGUAUUAAUGAAUACAUUAUGGCUGUUUUGUGGCACACUAUGGUCUAUUAGUCAAAACAUAUUGAAAUACAAGUGAUGUGCAAUAUUCUGGUCACUAGGCAGCAGUAAUGAGACAAAAUAUUAGGCAUUAGCUUCCAUUACAUUACCUCAACACUGCAUGAAGUCAGCCAGGGCGUGUUCCACAUGAUAGAGUGUAAAAAAGUUCUCUUAUGCCUUAAGUGGAAGUGGAAGUGGUAAGUUUAGGGCUUCCUAAGUUUAGAAGAAAUAAAUUUGGGGCUAACGUUAGCUCGCUAGCUUGUCCCCCUCCCUCCUCCUGCAUGCAGGGAUUAGGGAGACACAGUGCAAAUUCAGUCAAUAUCUAUUUCAGAGAUAUGGUUGGUUUUGAUAUUGUGCUUAAAGAAAAUAUCGAUAUUUUAAAAAUAUCGAUAUAUCGCCCAGCUGUAGUUCAUUUUUCUCAUGUGACUAUGAGAUCUAUUUUUAAAUUUUAAUUAUGUAAAUUAAAUGGUGAUGCCACAUAUUUACAUGCUCACUCCAGCAACAAAAAAUCUAUUCAUUUUGCGUUUGAUAUAAUGGAAAUUUGUUUUUCUUUAUUUUUCUCAAGCUGCAUCUGCCUCCCCUGAAGACACUUUGAAAACCCGUGCUGCUGCAAGAUAGAUAACUUUGUUUUGUGAAAGACGAAUUGUAUGCAUUGAAGGACUCCCCCAGUGAUAACGCACCACCUUAGCCUUUGAAUUGGAAAAAACAAAAAAAACAACAAUCACAUCCUUUGAACCAAGGCAGAAAAGCACUCGCGUUAUCCUGGCACAGUGUUUUUAUAGCGUUUCCUGGAGCACGUCGGAGACUCUGACGGCUGUCUUGAAAGUCGCCUUUGUUUAUGCCACACACUUUUGGAAGAUUGAAGCCGUCUCCCUCAGCGAUUGUUUUCCUUGUUCUAAACCGUCUGAUAAAAAUGGAGUUUCUUUUGUGAGCAGUAGUGUGAGCUAUGUGGGCUCACAUAAUGAAAGGGUUUUGAUGUAAUGUCAGAGUUGUCAGGCGAACAAAGAAAAGCUACAGCUGCUUGAGACGCUCCUUCUGGUGUCUCUUAUGCGAACAAGGACUUCUCGUGCUGCGUUUGACUUGCCUGACCAGACGAGUGAACUCUUCUUCAGUGCAUUGUUUCUUCUACGUCACACGGCUUUAAUCACAGCCAAUCAUAUCCCGCGUCAGUGUUUCCUCAUUGUUUUGUGUGCUUGAAGUGGAAUUCAUCACACUGCGGGCUAUUUCAACCCGUAGGGAUACAUAGAAUUUUUAAAUGUCUCUCCGCCACAGAUGUUUUUAUUGAUGAUCAUAUCCAACUUUUAAAUGUCAACUACUUAUCUGCCACUCUUUUGGUGAUAAAACUGUAUGCAGUGAUACUUUGGUUUAAAGGUUUGACGGAAACUGAAAUGUAUGAAAAAAACGAGGCGAUUUGUUUUUUUUCCAUAGGAAAUAAAGAAAAUCCAAUUAUUAUCCCUCGUUUAUUGCGGUUAAUUGGUUCCAGACCUGACUGCGAUAAGUGAAUUUCAGUGAAGUAGGAUUCAUUAUUAAUAAAUUGAAUAUUUUUAUAGUUAAGAGCAUGGAAAAACCUGUUUAUGACUUUCCAAAUACCAUUUUUACCAUUAUUAGAGCCCUCUAGACACGAAAUAACAACCCUAUAGUCAUUUUUACAGUCAUACUACCCAAUAUAGUAGAUAGAAUCAGAGAAAAUAAGUCAUUUAAGACAUAAAUAAGACUCGUGCGCAGGUGUGUUUCAAUAAAAGUCUUCUGGACAUGUGGGCAGGAAGUUACGUCAGGGAUUCAGAGUGGAGUUUUAGUUGGAGUACGGCCACAACAGUAGCCCGUCUCAUUAUUUAUGAAGAUGCCUAUUAUUAGUAUUAUUAUUAUUAUUAUGAUAUUAUCAUUGUGCCGGUUGUGAGAUAAUGAUAAAAUAAUAAAAGCCUGUCAUUGGAGAUCAAAUCUGGUGUGUGUUGUGUUACUAGUGACCUGUUGUGCCAUGCACUGUUCAUGUUUGUUAACAUGAUUGUGCUCCAAGUGUUGAAAAAGGUUGGACGUGUUACCUUUGGACACAGAAACUAUUUUUCUGCAGUGUUCGCACUUCACUACAUUUUGGUUGAUGUCAUCCCCUUCAAAGCCAAAGUGUGUCCAAACAACUGACACGGAAUUCCUUUUGGGAACAAGCUGCUCACUUUGGACUGUCGACUCUAUCGACUUUGCGAAUGUGCGCUGCUGAGUCUUCCUCCACGUUUCUGUGUAGUGUAGCUGUCCGACUGGAUGGGGUAGUGUCACGUGUUUACUUCUUCUCUCGGUGUUCUGGCAGCCUUGACGCUUUGCGAUCCCCUGGCGGCCUCAUGUAACUACAUGGGGGAAAAAAACAAAAUAAACCACAUGGCAGUUUUACGUCGAUUAGAAGCUGUGAAUGUUGGUUUUGGUUAUUAUUCAAUCGAUUGCCCAGAACUAAUGGGGGUGUUAUUUCAUGUGUAGAGGGCUCUAAUAAUGGGAUAAAUGGUAUAUAAUAAGUCAUAAAGAGGUUUUCUACGCAAAAAUAUUGCGUUUCUUAAUAUUGAAUUGUACUUCACGGGAAUUCAUGGUUGGGUUUGGGACCAAUUAACUGCGAUAAACAAGGGAUUACUGAUAUGAUCAAUUAUUCAUAACUUCAGUGUCUUUGAGACGAAAGCUUGCGGCUUUUAAGAUGCAUAGUAAAGUUUGCACAUCCACUUCAAGAUUCGGCAUCCAAUCACACGUUAUCGUUCAGUCGCCAUGUUGUGUCACAAAGUGAUGUGACAAAGGCCUAACCGAGCAACCUUUUAUGUCUCGGAUUGGGGAAGUUGCUGCCGUUACAGACUUUGUAGUCCUGCAUCCAAAUCUACUGCUCUUGUAGCAAUGGCCACUGAUGGAAUGCGGAAUCAUGACUUGCUCGGCAGUUUUUCUCCGCUAAAAUCAAUGCACAUGAAGCUCAUGAACUUUCACUAUUCAGCCAUUGCUGAGAAGGAUCAUUACCACAAUGAGUUUCACAUUUCCACACUCAAGAACAUCAAGCUAAGGAACCUGCUGAGCCUGCAAAAGGCUGAAUUCAGAAAGAACAGUGAAAUCAUGGCGGAGCAAGCCGAGGAAAUCGCUCAACUGAAAGAAAGCCUUCAAGGCCAGCAGGCAGAACUUCAGCAGAGCAAGGUGAAAGUCAAGAAGCAGCAAGCUCAAAUGUUUUCACUGGAACAAAGUGUUCAGGAGCAGCUCACUGAGCUCCAGCAGAGUGAGAAGAAAGUGCAAAUGCAGAAAUCUCAAAUCUGUUCACUGGAACGUGCUAUUCAGGAGCAGCAAGAGGUGCUCCAGCAAAGCGAACAGAAGGCCCAAAUGCAAGAGGCUCAAAUCGCUUCCCUGCAACAGAAUCUCCAGGACCAGUUAGCGCAGCUGGAGCACAGCGAGCAGAAGGUGGAGGUACUGGAAGAGAAGUUUCAGAGUUACAUCGAGUCCGCCGAGCAGGACAAACGCAACCAGAAGGUUAAAGAGGAGAUGCUGAUGGACACCCUGCGAGCGUGUCAAGGCAGGCUGAACGCACUGGAUGACCAGAUAAACAAGAAGAAGGACCACUUCUGGUCGGGCAUUUGGAAAGGAAAAAAAACGUCUGAGAAACAAGAAAAAGAUGAGAGGAGGAAGUGGGAGAGUGAGAAGGCUGAAAAGAAGGAAUUUAAUACGAAGCUGAAGAGUGAGGAAGAGAUGACAUGGGACGAAAGGUUGGAGAAGAACAGGAAAGAGACUCCAAAACAAGCACGACAGCAACGUAAAGUGGCUUUUAACAUUUGACCCAUUAGCAGUAUAUGAAGAGCACUUUCUCUACUGUUGAGAUUACAGUUACAAUCCUAGUCAUUAAAGAAUGGGGGGGAAAUAACAUGCAUCUUUGCGAGUCUUAUUAAAAAAUUUAAAAAAACAAUGUCUGAAAGGGUUAGAUUAGAUGAACAGUUAUUGUCAUGACAUACUGUAUGCACAAGUGCAAGCUAAUGAAAUGUAGCUUGGCAUCGCACCAGAAGUGCAAUAAACGGCAAGUGCAGAAUUACAUACUGUAUGUACACAAUUUUUACAGGUCAAAUAUGAGGUACAUAUUCAUUUGCACACUUUUAGCCACUAUAUUGUAUCUGAAACAAGAUGACAAAAGUAGACAUGUUCAGGGAGACUAGCAGCAUGCUAUUUCUGUGCUCUGUCGGGGGCUUAAACGAACCACCAUGCAAUAAUACAAAGUGCAUUACACUGGAUUCAGUCUUAAAAAAGUCAAGGGUUGAGGAAUAUCCUUCCAUCCAUCUUUUUACGCUUACCCGAGGUUGGGUUGCCGGGUCAGCAGCCAAAGCGGGGAGCCCAACUUCCCUCUGCCUGGUUACUUCGUGCAGCUCCUCCUGGCGGAUCCCGAGGCGUUCCCAGGCCAGUUGAGAGACAUAGUCUCACCCUCCAGCGUGUCCUGGGUCUUCCCCGAGGCCUUUUACUGGUCGGGCGUGCCCUGAACACCUCCCCAAGGAGGCAUCCUGACCAGAUGCCCGAGCUACCAAAUCUGGCUCUUCUCAAUGCGACAUAUAUGCAAUAAUUGGCCUACAAUAAAUUGCAGAUAAACAACAUUGACAUUAUUUUGAGACCAUUUUUUUCCAUUAAUGUAAUGAUAAUAAAUGGCAUCAUAAUGCGAGUACACUAUAUCAAAAGCAAUGUCAUCAAAAGCGUUUUAAUUGUGAAUUGAGUAAAGUAUUCUUCAAUGACCACUAGGUGUCAGUGUUCAGUGAGACGGGCACUAGACUUGUCACUAAGGUUCCCUAGUGAACACAUUCAUUGUGACACUGCCGGAGCAGGAGUGUUAUUUACGUCGUACAUGGCUUAUAUAUUCUUAUUCUGUCUACUACAGGUAUAUUGGGUCAUACGAGUGUAAAGACAUUUAAAACCACUAGGAAGUAGAAACGUGUGAGUUCAUGUUAUUUAUGUUCAACAUGUCUUACUUUCUGUGAUUAUAUCUACUAUACUGGGUAAUAGAAAUGUAAAAGUGACUAUAGGAGGGCUGUUUCAUGUCUUGGGGGCUCUAAUAAUGUUAAACUGUAUUUAGAAGGUCCCAAACAGGUUUUCUAUGCCAUAACUAUGAAAAUAUUCCAUUUAUAAAGAAGGAAUCCUACUUCGUCGAGAUUCACUUGUUGCGGUCGAGUCUGGAACCGAUUAAUCCUACACCACCUCCAUGUCUCAGCAUUGGCUGUGUAGUGUUUCACACUGCUCGAGUUUAAGUUGUAUAAAUUGCUGGUCAAUGUGCUCUUUUCAAUCACUCUGUAGUGUGCUGGGAUAGACUCCAGCACCUGCCAGACAAUGGACACUUGCCAAUACUCUACUAGUGGAUGCUGGUGUGGUCCCUCCUCAGUCUUUCAAAAGGCCUGACUUGAUGCUUUGAGGACACCCGGUGAAAUGAAGCCCCGGCUCUCUUUUCUGUCGUGCAGAAUGGAAAGGCAUUAAUCUGGCCCAGUUGGACACACUGAAAUUAAUGAUCAUUUACUCGGACGACAUAAUCGGACUUCACGCUGGCCUCCGAUACUAAAUUGCUUCUUUUGUUCCGCAAGAUUCCGGUGUUUUUCUUUGCCGUCCCUCUCCGUCAUUGUCUGUCUCUCUCUUGCUCAACUCGGCUGUUUUCUCUUCCCCAGGUUGCUCUCUGUUAUUGGUCAUUAAGCGUUUCCAUGGAAACAGCCACUUUGGUAGGAAUUGGCAUGCUGUAAAAGCAGCCCCGUGAUGAUGCGUUGAGAACCGUCUUCCCUCUGGUGCAAGAUUGUCGGGUGUGCUUUGCCACUGCAGACCUGUGAGGGGCAAGCUGGCCCAGCGCUGAGGUUCGAAAGGGACAAGCUGAUGCAUUUCAGCUGGGGUGCAUAGGAAAGGUCACAGAGGUCACCCACACCCAUAUAUAGGAACACGUGGCUGAAGACGUCCCCUCUGUCGCUUAUGUGUCAGCUAGGGUUUGUAUAGCUGAAAUGCUGUCACUGCUCAGAGCAGUGACCCUGUUGGCAGGUCACACACUGUGUCUAUGUAAUUAGGCUGUGCUCUUUGUGUAAUGACUUAACAUGGAGCUGCUCUCUAUCAGGCUUAGCAGGCGUGCUCACGGUAGGGAUUGAGGAAAGACGAGGGAAAGCCUGGAGGGAUGGGUUUGUCAUGUCGUAGACUGACACUGAAAUCCUGGGUCAGCCAAAGUCCGCCUGGACAAGAGAAGGGUGUAUAUAGUUGACGGAGGUUUGAAAGACAUGCACCCUUAAAUUGGAUUCCUCACGUUUUACUCUGGUUUUUUUCUCCCCACCAAGGAGCGCAUACAGAAAAAUUGAAGGACGCAGGGACCACGGUCCGUCUAACUUAGGGUCAUUGAAUUUUCUUUUCAUGAAUGGGAAUUAAAUCAUAAAAUAUUUGAAUUUCAUUUUGAAAUAAACAGUGUUUAUAUAUAUACAGUGUUCCUUCGUUAAUCGCAGGGGAUUGGUCCCGAAAAUAGCCCGCAAUAAAAGUGAAGUGAAAUCCAUGAAGUAGCCAAUAUAUAAUAUAAUAUAUUUUUGUACAAUUAUGUUAUAAGGCUGUAAAACCCCUCACCAUACACUUUAUACACUUUUCUCAGACAGGCUUUCAUAUUUUAUCACGUUUCUCUCUUGUUUAAACACACUCAAAGUUCAAAUUUCAUUUCAAUUUUAAUGCUCAACCUACGAGAUUGGACACACGUAUUUCACUCCUCUGAUCGUGGAUUGUCCUGGCGCUGUUAGGCCGUAGUGUUUUUGUAUCCUUUUUAAAACAUAUUCCUCCUUGUCGUUCUCCAUGAACCGACGAUUCAUUUACAGUAUUCCAGGCACCCUACAGCCGCGUAACUUCGCUAGCAGCUAGCGAUCAUACAACAGGAAACAGGCAGUCCUGCACAAGGAUAUUGAUUGAUUGACAAUAGUCUACAGCCAAUCAGAACGCAGAACACAAUGGGCGGGUUCUCCCUUAGCCAUUCAGGACUGUUGUGGCCGUAUAAUUACUGAGAUGAACUGGACACGUAUUCAACUUUAAAAAAAUCUGUGAGGGAACACCGUACAGGAAAUGAAACUGAAAUUCAACACGUGUUUAGUUUUCAGUGUCAAAAAGCAGUAACUCCAUCUCAAAAAACAGUUUGACUUUUAUUGUAUAUUUCAUAUAAGAAAAAAUAAACAGACCAGAAACAGAUGUUUUUUCAUCACUUCGGACACCGGAAGUUUUCAUUUUUUAAGAAGAGUGCAAAUGAUUACAACUGUGCCUGUGUUGUAUUUCUGGCAUGUGGGUUCAAUUAAAGCAGACGACAAGCUUUCUUUUUUCACAACUCAUUGUAACAACCGCAACCUCCAGGUCCAUUCGCCAACACUCGGGCCAGUUCAAUUGGAUACACAAUUCUUUGUGAGUCCGGUGAAGUCCGAUCUUCACAAUAAAAGCACAACUUGCUCUGCUGGGAACAAUGCAUUGUGGGAACAAGUUGAAAUAGUUGCUUUUUAUUUUAAACUCGUAUUGGUACUUGUCUUGUAUAUUUCCUAGUUACUUUUGGAGUGU